CUGGAUUGCACUGGCCAAUAAAAACCUCUGAAUCUGUCCUUUGCAUUACAGGCUGCGAUGAAAGUAUGCUGGCUUCUCUCUCUCCAGCAUCUUGCACUUCUAGUGAGAAUCUCUCUCGAGCCACAAGACACAGCCUGCCCAGAACCUCUUUCUUAACUACCACAGCCACUUAAGAUCCUGCAUCCAAAAUGCAAGCUCAGGCUCCAGUGGUCAUUGUGACUCAGCCCGGAGGUGGCUCCAUCCCUCAAACCUCCAACUGGCAGACAGGCUUGUGCGAUUGCUUCAGCGACUGCGGCGUCUGUCUCUGUGGCAUAUUUUGCUUCUCGUGCCUGGCGGUUCAAGUUGCAUCUGACCUGAACGAAUGCUGCCUGUGUGGAACGAGUGUCGCAAUGCGGACCCUCUACAGGACUCGCUACGGCAUCCCGGGGUCCAUUUGUGAUGACUUUAUGGUGACGCUCUGCUGCCCUAUGUGUUCUCUUUGCCAAAUCAAGAGAGACAUCAACAGAAGGAGAGCCAUGCAUACGUUCUAAACAGCUGAUGGUAAGGAGCUCCAUUUUUUCCCUUCUGCAAGCUUGCUCUUGACCUGAUGAAGAGCUCUUAGGAAGCAACUUAAAUCAGCUACACACCUCUUCAGCUUCUCUACUCUUGGCAGCUGAAAUGUAAUUGAUAUAUUUAAUCACAAUAAGAAAAUAGAACUUUGAUUUAUUCUAAAAGAAUACUGUCUUUUAGUUUUGCUAAAUGCUCCAGCUAUGUUUCUCCUUACUGUUAAAUUUUCUUGUUUAUGAAUCUUAUAUUACAUUUAAAAUGUACACCAAAUAAAAGAUUUUACUAACAUGAUUCUUUUUGCUUCUUUGCACCCAAUAAAAUGUUUUUAUG